AUGCCCGUCCGCUUGACUCGGUGUCAUCUGGCCCAUCAGCUUGCAAAAAAAUGGCAAGGUCAUCUCGAUUCUGGUGAAACACGGCGUCAAAGCUCGCGAAGCUGCCGCCGCCAUGUGGCCGAGAUGCCGCUCAUGCAGCAUCCACAACAAGGGAUCCCAUGCUCCUUUACUCCGAGUACUUACCUCCAGUUCUGGAAUUACCAGGUUCAAGGCUAA